AUGCCUCUCCCACAGCUGCUGGUCGGAAAGGUUGCCGCCAUUACCGGCGGUCUCACAGGAAUUGGCCGUGCAAUUGCCCUCGAAUACCUCCGCCAUGGAGCGAAAGUCUCCGUCAGCCAUCUGGGUGGUGCCAAGGAAGAUGACCUGCUAGCUGCCCUGCACAAGGACGUGAAUGAGAUCGAAGCCGGCGCAGACCAAACGCGCUUCCUCACCGUCGCAGGGGACAUUUCCAAGCCCGAGACCGGCCGGGACUUUGUCGCCAAAACGGUCGAGAAAUUCGGCCGCCUCGACGUAUUCGUGAGCAAUGCAGGCGUGUGUCAAUUCGCCGAGUUUCUCGACCUCGAACCCUCCCUCCUCGAACACACCAUCUCAACCAACCUCUCCGGCGCCUUCUACGCCACCCAAGCCGCUGCACGCCAAAUGGCCCAGUCCCAGUCUCCGCCCGGUGGCUCCAUCAUCGGCGUCAGCUCCAUCUCUGCGCUCGUCGGUGGCGGUCAGCAGACGCACUACACGCCCACCAAGGCCGGCGUCCUGAGUCUCAUGCAGUCGUGCGCCGUUGCGCUGGGCAAAUAUGGCAUUCGCUGUAAUGCGCUGUUACCGGGGACUAUCCGCACGCAGCUGAAUGACGCCGACAUGGCAGAUCCAACUAAGAGGGAGUAUAUGGAGGGCCGGAUCCCGCUUGGGAGACUCGGUCAGCCGCCGGAUUUGGCAGGGCCGGCGGUGUUUCUGGCUUGUGAGGAGUUGAGCAGUUACGUGGUGAGUUUCUUUCUGUCUCAUUCUGGCGGAUCCAUGCUGAUCUUUUCCAUUUUUCGGGGAUAG